GAAGUUAUGGUGUGAAUUAAAAUAUUGAGAAUAAUAAGCCUAUACUAUAACGAUUUAAAAUAAAAGACGAAGAAUUAUCCCAAACAGAAGAAGUUCACACAAAAAGCAAAGGCAGAAGCUCAGAAAUGGAGACCUGGUUCAUCAUCAUCGUCUCACUCUGCGUCGCCGCCCUACUCAAAACCAUACUCAGCCUCUUUUCCCCGAGCACCAAGCACCUUCCGCCGGGCCCUCCGGCGAUCCCUCUCAUCGGCAACUUCAUAUGGCUGCGCAAGCCCAUCUCCGACCUGGAGCAGAUCCUCCGCCGCCUCAAACCCCGCUACGGCCCCAUCAUCACCAUCAAGAUCGCCCACCGUUUCUUCGUAUUCGUCGCCGGCCACUCGAUUGCUCAUCAGGCACUCGUCCAGAACGGCGCCGUCUUCGCCGACCGCCCCGGCCCCCCGGUCACCAGCACCUACCUCAACGCGCCUCGGAAGACCAUCAGCUCCUCCUCCUACGGGCCGACGUGGCGCCUCCUCCGCCGCAACCUCACGCAGGAGAUCCUCCACCCCUCCCGCGUCAGGGGCUACUCUGCGUCGCGGCGGUGGGUGUUAUCUCUCCUCAUGGACCGUAUCCGCGGCGCCGCUGACUCGGAGUCCUCCGUCAGGCUCAUCGAUCACUUCCAGUACGCCAUGUUCUGUCUGCUCGUGCUGCUGUGUUUCGGGGAUAAGCUGCAGGAGAGUCAAAUUAAGGAAAUCGAAACCAUCCAGCGUAAAAUUCUCCUGAGUUUCCAGAGAUUCAAUGUUCUCAAUUUCUGGCCUCGAUUGGGGCGGAUCAUAUUCCGCAAGCGGUGGAAGGAGCUGUUUGAAAUCCGCGACGAACAGGAUAGGAUCCUUAUUCCUCUCAUCAGAGCGCGAGUUGAAUCGAAGAGAACGAGGAAGACGGAGGAUGAAUUGGUGGCGUACGUGGACACGUUGGCGGAUCUGGUUCUACCGGAGGAGAAGAGAAAGCUUGAGGAGGAGGAAAUGGUGAGCUUAUGCAGCGAGUUCCUGAGCGCGGGCACCGACACCACAUCGACAGCGCUGCAAUGGAUCAUGGCGAACCUAGUGAAGCACCAGGAAAUUCAGGAGAAAUUGUACCAGGAGAUAGUCGGCGUGGUGGAGAGCGAGGAAGUAGUGGAGGAGGAGGAUCUGCAGAAGAUGCCGUACCUGAAGGCGGUGGUGCUGGAGGCGCUGCGGCGGCAUCCGCCGGGGCACUUUGUGCUGCCGCACAAGGUGAAGGAGGAGGUGGAAUUGGACGGGUACAGAAUCCCCAAGGAUGCGUAUGUGAAUUUCAUGGUGGCGGAUAUGAAUUGGGACGCAGAGGUGUGGGAGGAGCCGAUGGAAUUCAAGCCGGAGAGGUUCGUGGCGGCGUGCGAGGGGGAAGGGUUCGACGUGACGGGGAGCAGAGAGAUAAAGAUGAUGCCGUUUGGGGCGGGGAGGAGAGUGUGCCCGGGAUUUGCGUUGGCGCUGCUGCAUUUGGAAUACUUCGUCGCCAAUCUGAUUCGGUCGUUCAAGUGGGAAGCAGAUGGUGACGUUGAUCUCACAGAGAAGCAGGAGUUCACUAUUGUCAUGAAAUCUCCAUUGCGCGCCACCAUCUCUCCCAGAAACUGACCUCCACUCCACCCUUUAUAAAAAUGCAUUUUCUACUUUAAUUGCUUCAAAUUUCAUAUAUACACAUUGAAAACAAAAGAUGCUUCUGACAAAAUGAAUAUAACACGAGCUUUUUUAUGUUA